GAACUGGUCUUGCUGCUUCUUAGCCUGGGAGUUUGUUGUACCGCAAUGUUUGUUAAAUUAUGUUGUAUUAAUAAAUCCCAUGGAUUUGGUACUUUUUAAAGGUGUUUCAAGUAGGUGUUUUGGGUCAGUGGCGGAAUGUUGCUCGUCCCAUGGGGCCACUAGAGUUGGGGCGUAACACCUGUGAUUUCCGUAAUGGUGCAAGUAGGAUGUACAUUAUAUCCAAUUCAGGAACAAGUGGCCCCACCCAGGAGAAAUGUCAUUGACUAAAUUUAACUGGCUUCAGUUACUAGCCUGAACUACUAGCUGCGCCAUAAGAAAUCAUGAGUAACACUAGACAGGAUCUUUUAGAAAGGAAAAUAAAAUAUAGGGAAAGAAUUCUAAAAAAUGAUAACAAUUUGAAGUUAUCAGGAACACUAUUCAUAAAAAAUCUCAUACAACUCUGGAGGGAUAAUCAAAACAUAAAACUCAACGUAGAGGAGAUGCUGCAUGGCAUCUUUUUCUUAGGUCACAUUCAUGAAAAAAAAAUUCUGCCAGACGACUUCAUUACAACUGAUGAAAAUCGAACCACACUGAAGACACAUUUUCCAUCUGCCUUCAAAAUGUACAGUACAACGCCUCCCAAACAAACACCGUUUUCCAAACUUCUAGAUGUGGCUGUCAAAAUUGGAUACAAAGAUGAAACUGAAAUCAGAACAUUUGCUUGGACAUUUCUUAGAAAACUGAACCCACCGUUUUCCCUAAAGGGUGAAACAUUGGACUACCUCACUAUGGAACCCAAUGUAAUUGCUGUCUGUUACAUGGAGACCCAAGGGGAAGAACCCGUGAAACACUAUGGUCCAUCUCUGUCUUUCAGAAAAGACAUUUCAAAGAAUCUCAUGAUUAACUGGUUGUGUCUUGAAGUAUGGCAUGAAUAUGUAGCAUAUGCAGUACUGUCACAUCGAUAUGGGACACCUCAUAGUAUUAACUUUCCAGAAACUGUUCAAUGCCAAGCUUUCAUCAGAAAACAAAAUAUAUAUACUGGUGAACAUGUCCCUAAAGAUCCUUGUAGAAGAUGUGGGGAUCUCUUUUCUCUCCCUACAACAGGACCAAUAGUCAGCACUCCUUACGGAAACUGUGCUGAGACUGAAUGCUACAGUAAACUUCUUAAGAGUGGGGACGCUAUAAAUGUUGUAGAUAGCAUACGGCAAGACCUUGAACGAGAAGGCAGAGAAAGGUACCAUCAAGAAUGGACAGAUCUUCAGACUAAAGCCAGGAGGGACUAUCAGACAGGGUGGGAUGUAAUAAGAAACAGAUGGAACUAAACAGGUGCGAUGCAACUAAACAGGUAUGGUGGGUAAAUUCAGAUCACCAUGCCAAGUUUCUGGUUCAUACCACGUCAAUCCAGGGUAGUAUCACUUUAUCUUAAAUGAAGGACAUGCUUUUUAACCUUUGUCUUUUCUACAGAAGCCAUACUUGAGAAAUCUCCAGUUGUUGAGAUAUCCUUGAAGCCUUUGGUCAAGUCGACUGUUUUUCUGCUAUUGAUUAAUGGUCGAGUCAUUCAGAUCACCAAAUUCAUUUAAUUGUCCUCAAUUUGUCAAGUCAUCGUACUCAACAUUUCUACCAAGUGUGUACUUUGAUGAUUAACAAUCAAAUUUGAAUCGAAUUGUUAUCAUAAUCAAAUCCCUGAUGCGCAUUGUUGACAGUAAACUAAAGGUUGAGUUACAACGCCCUCUAGUGAGUCACCUACUACUACUAAAAUGCUGUUGCACACGUCAUGCAAACAUGCAUGUGCAUCUGAUGCAUAAACUUCUUUACAUUUUUUAUUGUGUAUUACAUCUUUGGGUCUUGUGACAGCCAAAAUAAAAUAUAUACUGUUAUUUUAAUUCAAUAAUACAGUCUAAUCAUUUUAAAUUGUAAUAAAUUAAUUAUUGUAUUUCCUGAUUGUAUAGUAUGGUAAAAUGUGUAGUUAUAAUUCCUCAAACAUUUUCAGUAGCAACUGUAACAUAGUUUUGAGCUAAAUUCCCUCACACAGUGUGUUGUAAGGUGAACUGUAUAGAAGCACCUGUUGUAACAGAACAGCAAGGAAGAUUACUUCUGGCCCACCUUGAGUGUGCAAUAGCCCCAGAGUCGCUCUGUCAUCCAGUCAGAUUAGCCACUCACCUACCCAGCCCAGAUUAUUCUACUUUGACAGGCCUAAUCCCCACGUGCCAAGCAAGAAGGCCACAUCACGUCUCACCAUGGAGGCACGACUUAAUCCCAAUCUGAGAGACAGAUAGACUAGUUGGCACAGUCCACUUGGAUUAUCGAUGACAAUGACCCUGAGGAGUGUGGUAGACCUUACCCCAAAUAGAGGAGAGAAAAAAGAAUUUGAGAACCAUAAAAAUACACGUAAAAAGUAAAAUACCAGCGAUGUAUAGCAAUGUUGUCUUUUAUUCUGAUUUCCAAUAAACAGAGAAUAUAUCAGUC